UUAACCUUAUCUAGUGACUGCCGUAUGGCGUUCAGUUGCAUGGAGGUGGAACAUAAUUGAUGUAUUAAAUCGAGUGCUGUAAUUUAACUUAUUGACGCUAAGUGAAAGUUUCCUAAUUACAAGACUGGUUUGAGAAAAACGAUUCAUCAUGUCGGAGACGAGAAAAAACCAUCUUACUAUAGAUGGGGGUCAAAUUAAAGAGACGACAGACGAACACGUCGCCUCUUAUAAGCCUAUUCCGGAAUCUGAUACAGAUUUCCGGACGUCCAAGUCGAGUCUCCACAAAUCCAAGGAGAAGGUUUCAUCCGAUGGUGCAGAAGAAAAACUGUUGCAGAAAGAAGACGAGGCUAAGAUAGUUACCCGAGUAGACAUGGCUGAAGCCAAGUAUGUCGUCGGAGAUCACAGGAACGGUGACGCGAAGAUCGAACUCGAUGCUAAUAAGAAGCAAUUCUCCGGACUAACGAAGGAGGAGUUGAUGAAGUACGCGGAGGAUCCGUUCUGGGUGCGACUGCGCUGGUUCAUGUUCGUGUUGUUCUGGGCGCUGUGGCUGUGCAUGUUGGCCGGCGCCAUCGCCAUCAUCGUCCGCGCGCCCAAGUGUGCGGCGCCGCUGCCCAGGACUUGGUAUGAGAAGGGCCCGUUGGUUGAUAUGUCCUCCGUAGAAGAUUACCGCGAAGUCGAAUCGGCGUUACCUUUAAUGGAGAAGUCCAAAGUGGCUGGAAUCUUCGCUUUCGCCUGCAAAGAUUCGUAUGAAGUCUUGGACGAUCCAACCUGCAUCGAUCAGUUCAAAGAGUUCGUUGCUAAAGCCAAGAAAUUCGGAGUCAAAGUGAUCGUAGACCUGACAGCCAACUUCGUAUCGAAAUCCCACAAGUGGUUCCAGCUGAGCGAGAACCGUUCGUCUGAAUACAGUGAUUACUUCGUCUGGGCCAAAGGUCACGAAUAUGACCCAGAAAAGCCAUCCACGCAACCAGAACCACCAAACAAAUGGGUUUCGACAUUAAACGAGCCCGCUUGGACGUGGAGCGAAAAACGGCAGGAGUUCUACUUGCACAUGUACGGGGAGGACCAACCAGACCUCAACUUCACCAACGUGGAUGUAGUCCGGCAGUUCGAUGCCGUCAUCAAGACGUGGAUGCAGGCUGGCGCUGAUGGGAUUAGGCUGCUGCACGCUCGCGAGCUGCACGCCAACAGCUCGCUCGGCGACGAGGCGCCGGCGGGCGGCGGCGGCGCGGGCGGCGCGGGCGGCGCCGACCACACGCAGCGCGCCUUCUGGCGGCUGCGGCACUCCGCCGACCCGCCCGCGCUCGACCUGCUGCUGGCGCACUGGGCGCUGCUGGCGCGCUCCGACGCAGGCGACACGGUGUUCACGAUAGCGGAGUCGGGCGCGCGGCCCGAGCUGUUCGUGCUGCAGCGCAACACGAGCGCGCUGCGCCCGCCCGCCGCCGCGCCGCUCGCGCUGCUCGACGCGCGCGCCGCGCUGCCCGCCCUGCGCGCGCGCCUGCCGCGCUGGCCCGCGCUGCAGUUAACUACCGAGGAUGGUGCAGACGAGGAGCUAGCGGCAUUCGCCAUGUUACUACCGGCAGCGCCGGUUCUGCAGCUAGAACAGCUCGGAAAUAAUGGCACCUCACCCAGCGAGGGCCUGCUGCACGCCGUGGCGCUGCGCGAGGACGCCAGCGUGCAGCACGGCGAGUACGCGCUGGCGGCCGCGCCCACACACAACUCCAGCCUCGCCGUGCUCGCGUGCGCUCGCUGGAAGCGCGGCCACACGGGCUACGUGUCGCUGUACAACGCGGCGGGCGAGUCCGUGCGCGCCGACGUGUCCGCCGUGCGCUCGCUGCCCGCCGCGCUCGCCGUGCUGCGCGCGCCGCCCGACCACGAAUAUGUUAAAGACUUGUUGGUGGAAAGUAACGACGUCCUGGUACCGCCGCGGUCGUCCGUGAUCCUCUCCUACGUACCCAAGACGGAAGCCGAAAAUUAGAGGAGCUUUGUUACGCAUAUAUUGCCCGCGUAUAGGAUGCGAUCAAGCGAUUUGUUCCCUUCACGUCGCUUAAGCGACUAGCUUGUGUUUUACAUUUUGCAUUUACUUUUAUAAUUUGAAAUAUGGUUUAGCGUACAAAUAAAAUGUUAUUGGCGUUGAAUGA